AGCCUCUAUGAUGCAUCCCUGCUGAGGGACGAGGUCGCAGUUGAGAUUGCCAUUGGCGAUCUCGAAAGCAACCUCGCUAAGACGACCAGUGUCGAUGGUAUCAUCGAGGAUCUCAUGGCAGACCCUUGCUUGUUGGAAUUCGCAUUAGCUAACGUCAGUGAUACCGCCGCUCGCUACCUGACCCGUGGUAUCCUCGACGCCCUUCCUACCGAGAUGAAGCUAUUCUCGACGUCACUAGGCUGUCGCGUCCUUCAGCGACUCUGCCUCUUCUUGGCAUUCUUUUCGUACCCCUCGUCUUUCGACAAGCCCGCUGACAUCGACGAAGAACAUCGUUCCAUCCAGCGCGCCAAACGGGGACUGCAUAUCCUUGCGCAACACUCGUUCGAGAAGACAGAGAGCGCGGUCAAAGGCUCGUCGUCGAAGAAAAAGAAAGCCAAGCAGCGACAACCACCGUCUCCGCCUAGACCCGCCAUCGAUUCGAAGGUGUUCGACGAUCUGGGGAUCGCGAUCCCUUCAGACCAGAAUGAAGCUCUCGCCCACUAUCUCCGAGUCUUGCGUUAUCCGCAGCUUAGAGAAGCCAUAACGCAGACCUACGUGGUCAAGUCGAAGGUCUCGGAUGCCUCACUUUCUGAUGCGUCGGCGUCCCAGACCGAUCUAUCGCAGGCCGAUCGGUCUGCCCGAGUGGAUGCCACAACUGAAGAGACGGCUCAGGCAUAUCCUUUCGUCCAGCCAAUCAAGGCUGCUCUUUACUUCGAUAGCGCAGAAGGGUUCGGCGACUGGAGGAUCCUCAUCUCAACGGCUGCCAAUACUGAUCUUCGGAAGAUGCGCAAGAAGUCAAGCGCGUUAUUCAAGAUCACGUUGAAGAAGAUCAAGGAGCUGUCAUUGGGGCACUUCUCGCCCGACAACCAGAAGGCACUGACCGAGAAUGGAGCAAUUCCAAUCUAUGAGGCGAAAAUGACCGGCGACUCGCGUUUGGUCUAUCAGAUCGACUGUGUACCGGAAUUCGAAACCAACGUGAGUCUCAGAGUCAUACGAGUCUUCGGUAUCUACACGCACGCACAGCUGAACAGGCAACCCUGGGACAGCAUCAGCAAUCAACUCGGCCGCAAAGGUAGGCAGUACCGAUCAAGAUGCGUUCCUGCACUGGUUGGCGGGCAAGCCGGUGUCGCCCUCCCCCAAUCAUGGCCAGCGCAAGCAGAAGCUGACCCAACUGCUUCAUCCGAGGACUCAACUACUUCAUCCGAGGCGUUGUCGCUUCCUGACUUACGCAAGGAUGACCUAGACAAGGUGGCGUCAACUGGACUUGACAGGCUUGAGAAAUACGUCACCUUUUCACAAGCACUCCUGAAUAGUCUCUUGGCUGACGAAGACGUGCAGCAUGUCUUCGACGUGUCAAUUCAAGAGAAGGACAUCAUCGAAUAUCCUCGCUCCUGCUAUGUUCUCGGUAGAAGCGGAACUGGUAAGACGACGACGAUGUUAUUCAAGAUGCUCGGGAUCGAACGUUCGUGGCAAGCAUGCGAAGGUGUGCUGGCGAAGCCCCGCCAGAUCUUUGUCACUCAGUCAAGAGUGCUCGCCGAAAAGGUGCAAGAGUACUUCGCGAAGCUUCACGAGUCACUCUUGGUUGCCGACAAGUCGCCUCAGGAGCUCAAAUCUCUGAAAGCCCAAAGAGAGGUAAAGCGGGAUCUGCUUCAAGCUCUUGUUGACCAAGAUGAGGAAGUCCAAUUUCGAGGAGAUCUGCCUCGUUGCUUCAGUGAACUCACGGAUGAACAUUUUCCGAUGUUUGUUACCUAUGAUCAGCUAUGUCGUUUACUGGAGGCCGAUUUCCCACCUUCCGAGUCAUCCUCGGCGUCUCAGAAGCUUCUAGGCCUUGCUCUUACUGACACAUCAGCGGACGUCGUGAACGAUGUUCUCUCAAAUGACUACAUGCAGCAACGACGCGAUUCGUUUGUUACAUAUAAAGUCUUCCUCAAAUUGUAUUGGACACACUUCCCACAGGCCCUGGCCAAAAAUAUAGAUCCCGCACUGGUGUUCGCCGAGAUCAUGGGUGUUAUCAAGGGCUCAGAGCAAAGUUUGACUAGUGAACACGGCUUCCUCGACAGAGACUCAUACCUCAAUCUCAGUUAUCGAACACAGGCUACCUUCGCAAAUCAACGCGAUGUGGUCUAUGACCUCUUCCUAGCAUAUUUGAAGCAGAAGCGUAUCCGAGGCGAAUGGGAUGCUGCAGAUCGGACGCAUCACAUUGUGAAGAUGAUCCGGACGCGUCGAGUUCCGGGGAAACAGCUCGACUUUUUGUAUGUAGAUGAAGCUCAAGACAAUCUCCUGAUUGAUGCUCUCGUGCUACGCUCGAUGUGCAGAAAUGCAGACACCGGUCUAUUCUGGGCUGGAGACACUGCCCAGACCAUCUCAAUAGGCAGUGCUUUCCGCUUCAACGAUCUGAAGGCGUUCCUAUACCGCAUCGAGGUACGUCGCGACCUUUCUCGACCGAGGCACACAGUUCUGACUUGGACACAGCUAAGCAAUGAUUCGUGCGCGAACUCUGGUAGCCAGCCUCGUACAUUCCAACUGGCUAUCAACUAUCGAUCUCACGCCGGGAUUGUCAACUGCGCACAUUCGAUCAUCGAAUUGAUUACUAUGUUCUGGCCCUACUCUAUCGACCAUCUAGCCCCUGAGCGCGGUGUAAUUGAAGGAGGGAAGCCGGUCUUUCUCAGCGGAUGGGAUGAAGACGCUGUGCGGUACGAACAAUUCCUCUUCGGUGACUCCUCGGGACACCUAGAGUUUGGAGCACAACAAUGCAUCCUUGUCCGGGAUGAUGCCGCUCGACAGAGACUUCGUGCACAAGUGGGAGAUAUAGGCCUCAUUUUGACAAUAUACGAAUGCAAAGGGCUCGAGUACAAUGACGUGUUGCUGUAUAACUUUUUCGCGGACUCCACUGUCGAGCUCUCGCAAUGGCGAGUUAUCCUGAACGCGCUUGCCGUUGACGAGACCGCAGCGCUGAGAGCCCCAAGGUUUGACGAUAGCCGCUACAACGGAGUGUGUCGCGACCUCAAGUUCCUCUACGUCGCGAUCACGAGGGCUCGGAAGAAUCUAUGGAUAGCGGACACCUCCGAAAAAUGCGAACCGAUGCGGCACUUCUUGGGUGCAAAGGGGCUCAUACAAGUCUGUACGCCAGCCUCCAGCGUCCCGCAAUUGGCAACCUCGUCGACACCAGAAGAAUGGGCCGAGACUGCUCGCACGCUCUUCAAUAACAGGCAGUACCUCCAAGCAAUGCAUUGCUAUGGACGCGCCAAGCUCUUCCGAGAUCAUGCCGUAUCUGAAGCAUACUAUCUCCGAGAGCAGGCUCGCACCACUCAAACAGACUCGCACGGAGACGAUGCUGCCCGGAUUGUUGCUUUCAGGAAGGCCGCCGAAGCAUUCCGGAAGUCAGGAUCUGAAGCAGACUCAGCAAGAGAAAAACGAGCGUACUUCCGGAUAUCUGCGGAGUGCUUCCAGAGGAGUAAUGAUCUCUUCCGCGCAGCGCAAGCUUACAAGGAUGCCGAAGAAUAUGACAAGUCUGCAAGUCUAUAUCGUCAAGACGGUUCGUUUGACGAUGCACUCGACAUCAUUGAACGUUACCGCGAUUCCAUGGACCAACGCGUUGUAACGAGUAUCACAGAUGUGUCAUGUCUUGUGUAUCUGAGAAAUCGCAACAUCAAACAGGCGAGAUCAUUGUUCCCAUCGGACGCCGCUGCUCUUGAAUACAUGUCGAAUCGCGGACUCGACAUCGCUCGAGCAAUGCUCCUGGAGCAACUUGGGCGCCUGUCCGACGCUGCACAGGUACAUCUGGAGGAAGGCCGGACUGCGAAGGCCAUUUCAUUGCUCCUCAAGGACCUCGGUAGUACGGACGCUGCUGCAAGAGCUUCUCGCUGUUUGUUGGACGGAUUAGGGCGCAGGCUAUCCUUCGGAGUUAGCCCUGCUUCGGACGCCUCGAAGGCUGAUGCUAUACUUCAAGACCUCUGUGGAAUCCUCAAUUCUCCGGAGUUGGAAAUAGCCAAACUCGACGACAGAACCCGUGACGAGCUGCUCAUGUUCCGAGCAAUCGUCGCAAAUGAUGCGUCAGAACUUUUGAAGCUAGGCGAGCAUUUCCACAUGUGGCACAAGGAUAUCGCGUCGUCCUUGAGAUGCCUUGAUCACGCAUUCAUGGCCAUUCCGAAGCUUCGAGUCGCGAGCCUGCGCGAGAUUGCUGAAACCCUACGUCAUUUCAACGUAUAUGUGGCUCUGCUACAUCGCUACGCGUCCGCUGCAGACCUCUGCGAGGACGAAGGCAUCCAGAGGUUGUUCGCUUUCAAGAUGGCCACCGACGACUUCUUCCUCAUUCCCAACGAUACCUUCCUGUUCGCUCGAUGUGCUCAUCGUUUGUCGCAAGGCUCCCGACAGAGUGAUGAGGGCGCCCUGGUACUAAGAACCGAGCUAGACAGACUUCUUCGGCAUGCACUUCAAGAACGGCUUUACACGAAGAUCCGCGAGGAGAACGAAGAGUGCCACAUGACGCGUGCGUUACAAGUCUGCCUCCCAUACUUCACUACUGGCCGGUGCCUCCGAGCUGAAUGUCAUAAAGACCAUGUGGCCGCUGAGGGUUACGAUGUAGAAUCGUACAAUCUACGCAUCCGAGUACAUCUCCAGCAAAUCCUGAUCUACAACUCUGCACAUGCUGUCGAAAGUCGCUCCGAGCAGGCGAAGCAACAUAGGGCUUGGCUACGUCAGCUUCACGAAGCCCUGAACCCUCCCCUUUUCAAGAUGGGGACGGUGUACAGCUUGCGCCCACUGAUGAUCCCCGAGUACAACAGUGCCAUUCAUAUCGUCAAGAAAUGGAUUCUCGACUGGCUUUACGAUCUUCGAUCAUUCGGUAACCGCGGUGAUCUCAUAUCGACCUUCCUCACCGCACUCAUGAGGACCAUUUCGCUUGGCCUCACGUUCAACUCCAGCGCGCUACAGCAUCACCUGAUUCAGGUCCCCUCUGUCGCUGCUGGUUCUGGACCCAAUAAGCUGCUGCGCAGCAAGGCAGACACACAGGUCUACAUCGUACAUGACCUCACACGAUACGUCUACAAUGCACAGCCGUCUUCGCUUGCAAGUGGGAUCAACUUCAUCAAUCACGUCUUGAUGAACCGGCUGUUCAUCGACGUCACUGUCCUCUGUGAACUCCUGGACAACCUCUGUGCUUUGAUCGUAGUGGCAUCUCGCUUGCAGACCAGCGACACGCUUCAUGACAUUACAAUGCCUCGGAGUUGGUUGCAGCGAGCUCUACUAGACAUCCACCAGAUGAAGGAUAAAUUCCUUAGUCGUGGAUUUCUUGAGAUGUACAUGGCACCCAUGGCCGGCUUGCUGGAGCAGAUAUACACCUCCGACGCUGGACAUCUACUUUACGGGGGUGGCGAUCUCUCAUCGCUCGGAUGGCACGUGAAGAAUGUCUUCUUGUCGAGACUUUGCAGGAAUCUCUGUGUCCUCGGUUACAAUUCGCGCUUCCCUUGGCUGAGGAUUGAUAUCCAUCGGACAAUCACGUCGCUUCAGCGCCCUGGCCGAGACUUCAAUCGUGUUUACCAAUACUAUGUCACUGCACCGAACUGGAACAGCCUCGCCAGGGAACUCUGUGCGCAUUCCACUUCAGGCUCCAAUUUCGACGAGAUGGUCCAGCUGUAUCACGCGUCGACGGGCCAACCUCGCGCCCCGCCGCCUUGGAACAUGCGGCGUGUUGUCUACAGAGACGUGCGCGAGAUCGCUGGCCUCUUGACCUCUGGCGCAGCCGCGGUGCCGAAGACUCUCAACUUGCGCAGCGACGCCACCCCGUUCAUACCCAUACAAGUGCACACACCUGCUCAGGCGGAAGACUCUCCUGCCGCGGCCCUCGAACCUGACGAUGGGCGUGAUGACAAGCAGGAAGAGGUGGACGAAGAAGAGGACGCCGAGACUGCGGAUGCGGCUGUUGAUGACAAUGACGACACGCUCGCUUUUGACGGACAAGACCCCGCGGCCGUACAGCUGGCCCAAGAGAAGCUCGACGCAGCCCGAGUGCUCGCUGACGCCUAUCUCCGAGCGCGCCGCAAGAAGAGUACUGCAUCCACGUCACCGGCAGUCACAAUCCACCUUCGCUUCGCCAAUGCAUACCGCGCGGCGUGCCACUGGGACGAGACGAUGGAGAGGUCGCAGAAGUGUUAUCAUGUGCGGGUGCUGGUUGACCUACCGCACGGCAUGGCCUUCCUCGAGCUUGCCCGCAACCAUCUGCACGAGACAAAGAGCCGCCUGAAGAAGCGUCACAGGACCGUCAACCAUCUAGAGCUCGAGAAAGUUGGCACGGAGAUGACGCAGUGCAUAGAGCAAUUCGACGAAGCCAUCCGCCUGAUCAAGGCCCUCCAGCCCGGCGCAGGCAUGCACGAGAGGCGGGACAUGGAGGAGCUCAAAGCGCGUGUGCGCGAGGUCGAGCGAUUCGCGGAGAGUCUGCCGCCGAGGGUGACCACCGAGUGGGACUUCUACCUGAAGACCGCGGUCGAUGGCAUCCUCAAGCCGAGGCCGCGCCCCGCGAAGAAGCCCAAGCCUGAGCUCAACAUGGCCGACGAUGAUAUGAUGGACUACGAC